AUGGUCCGCGAUGGGAACGGCCGCCGCGCGCUCAGCCCGACCGGCGAGUAUGGUAUUCACGGUCGCGGCAUAUCCAGUUCGCCUCUCGUGGAAGCUGCAAUUGCUCGGGACUUAGAAAGCUACGCAGACGAUGAAGGCUCCCUUCUCACUUCCGACGACGAAGCGUCCGAGACCUCGACCAUCCGUGCCAUGGGCAGUCAACCGGGAACGAACCCACACUCUCUGGCUGGCUCCUACCAACGCCCGAGCUUCUUCACGACCGUCGGACAUUCGACCGUUGUCCCGCAUCACCGGGAUCUAGAAAACCGAUUGACGCGGAGAGAGCGUAAACAAGCCAUUGAGGACGAGAGGAACCUCUUGAGUGAUAAUCGUGUUUUGAAACAGGAUAAAUGGCCGCGCAGGACGUCUGGCGCGCAGGCUCCCGGGGAGACUACAUCUCUGCUAGGAGGUGGGAGACGCGGGUCGGAGUAUGAGGUUGCAGACCCGGAGGAGAUCGACCGCAAGUGGGAAGAGGCGGUGAUUGCGGGAUUGAUUCAGACGACGUGGAAGCGCGAGGCGCUGGUCAUUGGUAGAAAUGCCGCGCCGCUGGUCCUUACGUUUCUGCUGCAGUACUCUUUGACCGUGGCUAGCAUCUUCACGCUGGGUCAUCUCGGGAAAGCGGAAUUGGGGGCUGUCAGUUUGGCGAGUAUGACGGCGAACAUCACCGGCUAUGCAGUCUACCAAGGCUUGGCGACUAGUCUAGACACCCUGUGUGCACAAGCGUAUGGGUCGGGGCGAAGGAAGCUUGUGGGCCUGCAAAUGCAAAAGAUGGUUUAUUUUCUCUGGGUUAUCACCAUCCCAAUUGGGGUCUUGUGGUACUUCGCCGACAGGGUCCUUCUCAUGAUCGUGCCGGAGAAAGAGGUUGCCGUUCUUGCGGGCCUGUACCUCAAAGUCGUCAUCUUCGGUGCGCCGGGAUAUGCUUGCUUCGAGAGUGGGAAGCGUUACGUCCAGGCGCAGGGCCUCUUUUCGGCCUCUCUCUACGUCCUUCUCAUCUGUGCGCCGCUCAAUGCGUUUAUGAAUUGGUUGUUUGUUUGGCAAUUUGGCUGGGGUUUUGUCGGUGCUCCGAUCGCGGUUGCCAUCACCGAAAAUAUCAUGCCGAUGCUUCUAUUCCUCUAUGUGUACUUCAUAGAUGGAAAAGAGUGUUGGAAUGGUGUGACGACCAGGGCGCUGCGGAACUGGGGCCCAAUGAUCCGGCUUGCUCUGCCUGGGUUAAUAAUGGUAGAGGCCGAAUGCCUGGCCUUUGAAGUCCUGACUCUAGGCUCGUCCUAUCUCGGCACGACUCAUCUCGCUGCGCAGUCGAUCCUGUCCACGAUCUCGAGCAUCACCUUCCAAAUCCCAUUCCCCCUUUCAAUCUCCGGUAGCACACGCGUCGCCAACCUGAUCGGAGCGACGCUCGUCGGGGCCGCCAAAACAUCCGCCAAGGUAACCAUGGGAGGCGCCGUGAUCGUCGGCCUGCUGAACAUGCUACUCCUCUCCUGCCUCCGCGACUACAUCCCCCGGCUAUUCACCUCCGAGGAAGAGGUCAUCGUCCUCGUUGCCCAGACCCUGCCACUGUGCGCAGCAUUCCAGCUCUUCGAUGCCCUCGCAACGAACUGCAACGGUAUCCUGCGCGGAAUCGGACGCCAAGAGAUAGGAGGGUACGUCCAGCUGUUUUGCUACUACGCAAUCGCGAUGCCCAUCAGUUUCGGGACGACGUUCGCCCUCGGAUGGGACCUGUUCGGUCUGUGGUCCGGUGUCGCGAUCGCCCUCUUCCUCGUGUCUGUUAUCGAGGCCGUGUUCCUUGCGCGUACAGACUGGGAGCGGUCGGUCGAGGACGCACUUCACCGGAAUGCAAUGUCAUAA